GGCAGCGGAAAUCAUCGUUCUGGAGGUUUUUCGCGGCCUGCCGUGAUGGCUCUUUUUCCUGCUUUUGCCGAUGCUGCUAAUGCCGAGGACGUACAAACAAGCGAAGACUCGAACAGAGAUUUGAACUGGCUCACAAACCAAAGCUUCUGCAAUGAAGAUGCACUGAGAUUGCAUCAAAAUGUUUUAGAAAUUACCCACUGUGCUCCUCCGCUCCAAAGCAAUACAGCCACCAGUUUUGAACUCCCUGGAGAAAAUGAAGCCAACAAAAGUUUUCAAGCAUCACCUAAAAAAAGAAAGAAAAAGAAAAAGCAACGAGACCACAAGAAAAAGAAAAGAAAAGAAUGGACCACUAGUGGGUCUGAAUCUGAAGAUGGGAGAGAGGAUAGAAAUAAUGAAAAAAGAGGAACAGAAUUGAACUUAGAAGAAAAAAACACAAAUGUGGCCUAUUCCUCUACUUGGCUUGAUGACGUUCAGGGCUUGACAACAGAAGGCUUCAGAACAGAUAAGAAGCCAGACCCUGCAAAUUGGCAAUAUAAGUCAUUAUAUCGAGGCAACAUUGCAAGGUAUAAGAGACGAAGCAACUUCUGCCUUGGCCUUCAACCGAAGGGGCAACAUAUUAUUUGGGAGAGCUCAACAGCAGAAAAAACAUCUUCCUAUAAGCGACCAGAACGCUACUUCACAAAAGGUGGUCGGAAACUCCUGAAUGAAGAAGGCAUUCAUGUCAGUGGUAAAAAUCAGGAUUCCUCGUCUGGCUCAGCCUCCUGGAUACCAAUUUUGCAACUAGAUCCAGCAGAGUCUCCUUCUACCAGCUGGGUAAACCCUCUUGGGGUUUAUGAUCUGCAGACCACGCUGUGGCUACAAGGAAAAGGGCCUUCUGCUGAACACAGCUUACCAAAUAAGCAAGACCCUCAAGAGAACCACCAGAAUGUAGACUCCCCCUUAAUGGCAAAGGUGGAAGAAUAUAACUGCAAAGUCAGAGAGAAUCCCAGGGAUGUCAAAGCAUGGAUGGAUUUGGUUUCUUUUCAGGAUGAGCUCAUGAGACACCCUAGCUGUUAUGCCAUCAGUGAGGGAGAACGGGAAACGAGAAAGAAAUCAUCGAAGCUAAUACUAGAGAAGAAGCUGGCUAUUUUGGAAAGAGCAAUAGAAAACAACCCAAAUGAAGUGGACCUGAAACUAGCACGGCUAAAACUUUGCAUAGAGUUUUGGGAGCCAUCUGCUGUGGUGAAGGAAUGGCAAAAGUUGAUUUUUUUGCAUCCAAACAACCCAGCCCUGUGGCAGAAAUAUCUCUUAUUCUGCCAAAGUCAGUUCAGCACCUUCACUGUCUCCAAAACACACGGCUGUUACGGAAAAUGCCUGAGCACGUUAUCAGCUGUGUAUGAUGGCAGUAUGGUAUCCCAUCCUGCAGUACCAGGCACAGAGGAAGCCAUGCUAGACAUUUUUCUUCAGCAGUGCCAUUUCCUUAGGCAGGCUGGCCAUUCAGAAAAGGCUGUGUCCCUGUUCCAAGCCCUGCUUGAUUUUACUUUUUUUAAACCAGAUAAUGUCAAGGACCUGCCAACAAGAGGACAGAGGGAAUUCUUUGAGCCCUUUUGGGACAGCGGAGAGCCUCGAGUUGGAGAAAAAGGAGCUAAAGGUUGGAAGGCCUGGAUGCAUCAACAAGAGAAGGGGGGCUGGGUGCUCAUCAACCCACCUGAUGAAGAUGAAGAAGAUGCAGAGGAUGAAGAAGAAAUAAAGGAUAGAUCUCUACCAAAGUGGCAAAACUGGCUUCAUAUGGAACGUUCCCGGGAAGCAAGGCACUGGUUACCCUGGCGUCCAGAAAAAAACAAGAAACCAUCAUUAGAAGAUUGUGAAGAUCCAGAGAGGCAGGUCUUAUUUGAUGACCUUGGACCAUCAUUGAUAAGACUUUCCAGCCCUGAACUUCAGUUUCAACUACUGUCCUCAUUUUUGCAAUUCUUAGGAGUUCCAUGCGCCUGUAGACUUUUGCCUUCUUCUUUCUAUAUAGCGAUGGAUGAAAAUAACUCAGUUGACAAUGAGUAUAACAACCAAGGAAUUCUGACUUCUUUGGAUAUGCCUCUUUUUGGAGUCAGUAAUAUUGGUCAUAUGGACUCAAUGGUCCAAGGAGAGAAGCAUGUGACUCACACUAAGGAAGAAGAGCAAUUUAUUCAGAAUCUCUUUCAUAUGAUGCUGCCCUUAUUUUCAGGCAAAGAUAGAUCUAACCUAUGCAUUUUUUGGCUCCAGUAUGAAAUCACUAAGGUCACUCAGUAUUUGAAAAUGGGAAAGAAAAAAAAACUAAAAUUGCAAGGCAAAAAAGGCAAAAAAUUAGCUAAAAAUCUUCUUAAGGCACCUGACAACAGAAACAAUGUUUCGCUUUGGCAACUAUAUGCUUUCCUGGAGUGGCUACUUGGCAAUAUAGAAGAUGCUAGAAAAGUUUUUGAUACAUCUUUGGGGAUGGCUGGAAUCAGUGGAAUCCAAAACCCUCAAUUCUGUCAUCUUAGCCUUCUUUAUGCUAAAUUGGAAGCAGAAUUGCUAAUAAAUCUAGAAGGAGCUGUAGAAUCACGUGCAACAUACAUAUUGACCAAACUGGCUGAAAGGGGACAUUAUGUUCCUUAUCAUGGACAGGUAUCAUCAGUGAAUGUUUUGAAAGCUCGGAAAACAUAUGAGCAUCUAGUUCAAGAUUGUUUAACUGAAAACCUCACUUCUAAUCAAGAACAUGCUAGUGGUUCCAGCCAUCUGAUUGGUUUGGUUGGUUGUUACACUCUUUUCCAAUAUUUAACUCUUGGGAUUGACUCUGCAAUGUCAGUAUACUGUCAGGUUGCUCAAAAGCUGAAAGACAAGGAUCCUGGAGAAAGGCUUAGUGGUCAACAUUUCACUACACCUCUUGAAGCCCUCUCUCUCAUGCAUGUCAGCUUGCUCAGGUUCCACAUGAAAAUCAGUGUGUAUCCUUUGACUCCUCUUCGUGAAGUACUGUUGGAGGUUUUGAAGAGAUACCCCAGCAACCAGUCUUUUUGGAGAUCAUACGUCCAGAUCCAUAGCAAGUCUCACAAUGCUAGCAAAGCCCGGCGUUUUUUUGACGCUAUAACAAGAACUACACAAUCGCUGGAGCCUUGGCUGUUUGCAGUCCAACUGGAGCAAAUGAGGAAAAAACUGAUUGAAAGGGUCCAGAGGGAGCCAACUGGAGAUGUGUAUGCAACCAUUCCUGAAAUUGGGUUAGCACAUCGAAUCAAAGCUUUAUUUGAACAUGCAAUUCAGACUGAAAACGGUGCUCAUUGUCCAUUGCUCUGGAGGUUGUAUAUAUGCUUCAUGGUUUCUUUGGGAGAUAAAGCCAAAAGUAAAGGCAUGUUUUACAGAGCGCUUCAAAACUGCCCCUGGGCAAAAGUAUUAUAUAUGGAUGCUAUAGAAUAUUUUCCAGAUGAGCUGCAAGAGAUCCUCGAUCUAAUGGCUGAGAAAGAACUGCGAGUACGGGUACCAAUAGAAGAAUUGGAGCUGCUGCUUGAAGACUGAAGAAAGAUACGAAGACAAAUGAUCAGCGUGUUGGUUUAAUGAGCCUUCAAUAUAGCUAGGGAGAAAAUGUUUGUGACUAAU